CAGACCAGUACCCCGAGGAAUACAGCAUCCUUAAUGCGAGGUUCUCCUCACCCACACCUGGUUGUAAGACACCCACUGCAAAACAGUAGAAAAUGAGCAAGUCCCCCACCCCUAAGGGCACUCCGGUGCAGCGCAGCCCCAGUGAUGGGAUACCUGACAGCCUUCAGUCUCCUCAGCAUUCGACCCCCGGCUCUGGACCCCAGCAGAAGAAACGCAUCUCCAGCCUCCUUCAGAGUCCGUCAUUCAGGGAGGAGCUGGAUGUACUGAUCCAGGAACAGAUGAAGAAGGGCGGCAGCUCAUCCAACCUAUGGGCACUGAGACAGCUUGCUGACUUCAUGGCCUCACAUGGCUCUCCGGCCGCCCUACCAGUCUCCCCUUCCAACAUGAUGAUGGUGACGCCCAUCAACGACCUGCAUGGCUGGGAGCCUGGCAGCAUGGUGAAGGGAGAGAGGUUGAUGCGAUGCAAGCUGGCCAGCGUCCAUCGUCUGUUCGACCUCUACGGCUGGGCCCAGAUCAGCCGCACCUGUCUUACUCUGCGUGUGAGCAAAGAACAGGAACACUUUCUGGUGCUACCAGACGGCCUGGCCUACAGCGAGGUGACUGGAUCCAGCCUUGUAAAGGUGAAUAUCUUGGGUGAAGUGGUGGAAAAAGGCAGCACUAACCUCGGUGUGGACACAGACAAGUUCAGCCUACACUCGGCCAUCUACUCAGCCCGACCAGAUGUUCGCUGCCUGCUGCACCUCCACACACCUGCCACGACUGCGGUUUCAGCUAUGAAGUGCGGCCUCCUGCCACUGUCCCAUGAGGCCUUGCUGGUCGGUGAUGUGGCUUAUUAUGACUACAAUGGAGUCAUGGACGAGGAGGAGGACAGAGUGGAGCUGCAGAAGAGCCUGGGGCCCACCUGUAAGGUACUGGUGCUGAGAAAUCACGGCAUCGUGGCUCUGGGGGAGUCUGUGGAGGAGGCCUUCUAUACCAUCUACCACAUCCAGGCUGCCUGCCAGAUCCAGGUGUCGGCAUUGUGUAGUGCCGGAGGUGAACAGAACCUGAUUAUGCUAGACCGGACCACCCAUAAACCCAACCCUACUGGCACCGUGGGCUGGGCUGGCUCCACCUUUGGGCCCCUGCACAAGAGCCGCGUUGGGGAGCAUGAAUUUGAAGCCCUCAUGAGAACUCUGGAUAACCUGGGUUACCGUACCGGCUACGCCUACCGCUUCCCAGUGCUGCUGGAGCGAUCGCGGACACGGAGGGAGGUAGAGGUACCCGCAACCGCCACAGCCUUCCACCAGUUUGACGAUGACGGAGUCCACCCGGCUCUGAGGCAGCACCCUUUUGCCCAGCGCCAGCAGCAGGAGAGGACUCGAUGGCUCAACACCCCCAACACCUACCAAAAAGUCAGCCAGGAUGAAGCCAGCCCUGGACACCAGCGCACCACUUGGCUGAAGACAGAGGAGGUGACACAAGCUGGCAGCACAUCCAUCAAGAUAGAGAACCCAAACCAGUUUGUGCCUCUUUUCACCAACCCUCAAGAAGUGAUUGAGACACGAAACAAGAUCCGACAGCAGAAUCGGCAGGACAUGAAGACAGCAGGGCCGCAGUCUCAAGUCCUCGCCAGCGUCAUAACAGUCGACAGUCCCCCGUCUCCAGAGAUCCAACCUGAAGUCCCACCUGAGCCAGAAACUCCCAACCCCUUUAACCAGCUGACAGACCAGGAGCUGGAUGAGUACCGCAAGGAAGUGCAGAGGAAACAGGAUGGAGGGACCGAUGGGGAGGAGGUGGCAAAUGACAAGGAGUCUUCCCCUGCUACCUCCCCCACAAAGGGCCCCCCGCCCAGCCAACCCCCUCUCACAGCAGAGGAGGCAAAAACAGAAUCUCCAGCCAUACAGAACGGAGGCGAGGAGGAAAAGCAGACCACAGAAGAACUGGAGAAAGGGAUGAAGGCUCUCUCAACCAAUGACACCUCCUCGACCCCUGCUGCUCCGCCGGCCAAACCACAAGGCGGCACCCCCGAAGGUUCGCCCUGCAAGUCCCCGUCCAAGAAGAAAAAGAAGUUCAAGCCACCAUCGUUCCUGAAAAAGAGCAAGAAGCAGAAGGAGAAAGCAGAGACCUGAGGAGCUCAUACACACCAGACCUCGGUGAAAUACUACUGUGAAAUAUUUCUUAGUGUACGAUAAAGUAGCAGCUGGGUGGAGUUAACUACACAAGGUCUGUUCAAACGCAGUCAGUUAAGAUGUCAUUCACAAGACUCCGUGUGCUAAAUUGACUUUCAGAUACUUUACUGUAACACUGUUACUCGCCGAUUUGAUCUAUGUGGUGAUUCAUCUCAAGCUGGUUAAAAAAAAAAAACACUGAUAAUUAUUUUAACAUAAUAUUUGACCCAGGUCGGACACAACCCAACAUUUUGACACACUACUUCUUGUCACGAGUCUCUCACAUACACACAGAUAGACACAAAUACACACAGUCCCUGCAUAUUUCAUGUCUUAUUUUCACCUGCCGUGGUAUCAAACGAUUACUUAACUUCACUGUAUAGGCGUUUUAAGAAGCUCAUUUUUCAAACUGGGAUUACCAGUGUGAUCCACUGCACAGAAUUUGUUACGUACAGUUUUGUUUUUGUUUUUUUAAUCCAUACUUUUCAAGACACAACGGAAAUUGAAAUCCCCAUGAAUUAUGCACCCCUAAUCCAUGUAUAGGCACUUAGACAUUAAGUAUAUUCACAUUCUAGUACGUUACAUUCAUUCAUCAUCAUAGGCAUCUUCUAGUCAUGGUUUAGUUCUAAUUAUCAGAUAGAUGUUGCAGGUAUACUAUGUGAGCACAAGUGCAGUACAUGUAGAAAUAUACUGAUAGCUACUGAUUGUGCUCUUUUGAAUGCUGGUUUUGUGUAAAACUGUCAGCAUAUUGAUGUUAUUACAGCAGGGAUAAAAAGAGGAAAAAGAAUCUGGGGGAAAAUGAUGCUGGCUCGCCACAAAACACAGCUACAAACGCCAUUAAUACCAAAAAGAAAAAAGAAAAAAAAGGAUGUAAAGCAUAAAGAAUCUGUUGCUUGUCAAUGCAGUUUGAAACCCAGUAAUAGAAGAUACUGAAGGUAAUAAACAUUCCACUUUUCUCAUUUCCUUUUCAAUGUAUGUGUGCAAAAUACCUCUUAAAAGUUGUAUUUAUUUUCCGUUUUAACCAGUAGCUGUCAACAAAAUGCUGAUGUGUGAUGUUUGCUCAUGGUUUUUAAUUUAUUUUAUAUUAGAAUGUAUAAGUGAGUGUUGCAAGGUUACCAUGUAUCAGUCAUUAAAGAUCAAGUUUGAUUUUAAACCAACUGAA